AUGAGUGGGCAGCCAGCAGGGGAGGAGCUGCCAUACAUCGGCAGCAAGAUCUCCUUAAUCUCCAGUUCAGACAUCCGCUAUGAAGGCAUCCUGGAUUCCAUAGACCCCAUAGCGUCCACCGUCUCCCUCCGCUUCGUGCAAUCCUUCGGAACUGAGGGGAGGCCUGUGUCCAUCCAAGUGCCGCCUUCGACGGACAUCUACAACUGCAUUGUGUUUCAAGGCAAGCAUAUCAAGGACCUCACAGUAUGCAGCGAGCCGGAGGCUCCCGCUCCCGCCAUGGGGGCGUACCCCUCAGAUCCGGCUAUUGUGAGCAUGGACAUAGCGGUUCCUUCAGGGCCCCCUCCGCCUCCUGCCUCAGCUCCUCCCCUCCUUCGUGCUGAUGGUACAGCGCUGCCCAUGCCGCAGACUGCGGCGAGUAAUCCGGGGGGAGGCAUUUCUGUCUUUGGGGGGAUGAUGGAGGGUGCUGACAAAGUUGCGGAGCCGUGCUGUCCCCCCGUUUCCCCCCAGACGAGGGGCCCCUCGCAGAGACAGAGGCCCUCUCGAGGAGAAGCGGGAAGAGGGUGCACUGAGGGGUCUCGCAGUGUUGUGGGGGAACUGCAGGGAAAGCCCAAUGCGCAGCUGAAGAGCGAGAUGGCUGAGGAGUUUGAUUUUGACGCAAUGAAUAGCAAAUUUGAGAAGCCGGCCACCCUCGACGACAAUGCGGAGCUGUUGCCGCAAGUCACCGCGUAUGACAAGAACGUGUCAUUUUUCGAUUCGAUUUCCUGCGAGGCGCUCAGCAAGCGGGCGGGGGCUCAGCAGCAGCCAGACUCCCCAAGUGCGCAGGAUGAUAAGGGCAGGAAAGCGGCUGUACGACAGCAAAACAGAGCGCUAGAUGUGGACACCUUCGGAGAAGGCGCUGCACACUACAACCCCAGGCACAUGAACGGAAGAAGAGGGGGUCGAGGCAGGAGCAACGGGAGAGGAGGCAGUUCAGCGAAUCGUGGAGGCAGGAGUCAGCCAGGCGCACAGCGUACCUGGACACAGCGAGCCAAGCAGUCAGAAGUCGGAAGCUGA